UCGCCGAAUCCUCGAAGCUAUAUUCAUCGCGAUCCGUUGAAUCCCUUUGAAGAGAGGAAAGUAAGAAAGAGAGUUGUUUUAGUCGUAACCUUCUCGAAGAGCGAAAGCAGUGAGAGAGAGAGAGAGAAUCAUCGAAUCGAGAAGAUGGUGUCUGGUUCAGGAAUAUGCUCGAAGCGUGUCGUCGUCGACGCGAGGCACCACAUGUGUGGCCGUCUCGCUUCGGUCAUCGCCAAGGAAUUGCUCAACGGGCAGAAAGUUGUCGUCGUACGAUGCGAGGAGAUUUGUCUCUCAGGUGGACUCGUUCGUCAGAAGAUGAAGUACAUGAGGUUUCUCAGGAAACGCAUGAACACGAAGCCUUCUCACGGUCCCAUUCACUUCAGGGCUCCGUCUAAGAUCUUCUGGCGUACCGUUCGUGGUAUGAUUCCCCACAAGACCAAGCGUGGUGCUGCUGCUCUUGCCCGCUUGAAGGUCUUUGAAGGAGUUCCACCUCCUUACGACAAGGUCAAGAGAAUGGUCAUUCCUGAUGCCCUCAAGGUUUUGAGGCUCCAGGCUGGUCACAAGUACUGCUUGUUGGGCCGUCUGUCAUCUGAGGUUGGAUGGAACCAUUACGAUACCAUUAAGGAGCUUGAGGUUAAAAGAAAGGAGAGGUCACAGGCUGUGUACGAGCGUAAGAAGCAACUCAACAAGCUCAGGGCUAAGGCCGAGGAGGCUGCAGAGAAGACACUUGGAUCCCAGCUCGAUGUUCUUGCACCGAUCAAGUACUGAAAAUCGGCAUCUAUCUUUCGGUUUAAUCCUUGUUUUGAAGCUCGUCGUGAUUCUACCUUUGAAUUCGGGUUUUGAUUUUGGUAGCAUUGUAGACGUAAAGAUUGGAAAAAGUAAACAUUUUGGUUUUGCUAUUUUGUUCAAGACAAUCUUUUAUGGUUAAUGUUUUGAUCUAUUCAGCUUUUUCUUUAUUCACUGUUGAAAACCACUCUCAUUGUCUAAGCUGUUGAUUUCAGUAGAAACAAGAAAAGAUAGAAAACCAAAACGGUGAUUUUAAUAAUUUUCUGUGGUCAACAAAUU